CGUGCAUGCUAUCUUCACGAUACCAGAAAAUACACGCGAUGCAACACGAAAAGUUGGGUAUAAAAAUCGAGAAUGUUUAAAAGACUCGACGUUAGAAGAGGAAACGAGAAGUUCGAGAGUUGAACUAAUACUACUUUCGAAGAAAAACACGUCGCCAUGUCACGAUACAUCGUGUGCAUAUUUAUCGUUACGAUUCUUGUUCAUAUUAAGGGACAAUCGAAGGUGACGGGAAAAGAUAUAAAGUGCGAAAAGAACGAAGAAAUGAACGUUUGUGGAAAAUUGUGCGAGGCAACUUGCAACAACCCAAACUCGGAUUUCGAACUUUGCCCUUCGAUCCCAUGCAACUCGGAAAUUACGAGAGAUUGUCGAUGCACGUACGGUACCGUGAGAAACGAAAAGACCAAGGCUUGCAUACCGCUCUCAAAAUGUCCCAACAUUCUUUAGAAAUCGAGUCGAUAACGUCAAAUUGUACAAACAAAUAAAGAAUAUUUUUACCAUACACCUUCUAACACUUGUUACA